AUGUUGGUUAGCAGUAGGAGCAGGAGUAGUAGUAGUAGCAGUAGCAGCCGUAUUAGUAUUAGUAUUACUGUUAGUAGUCGUAGUCGUAGCAGUAGUAGUAGUAGUAGUAGUAAUAGAAGUAGUAAUAGAAGAAGUAGUAGUAGUAGUAGAAGUUGUAGUAGUAGUAGUUGCUGUAAUAGUAAAAGCAGUAGUCCUGGUAGUAACAACGAUAAAAGUGCCGGAUUUGGAAUUACCCUCUAA